AUGUUCAUUGAGUAUGCUGCGAAGGGCCGCAGCACUAGAGACCAGGAACUGAUCAACUCCGACAUAAGGGCUCAUGCUGCUCGAUGGGCUUAUCAGAAGUCACUGUCACAGCGUCGAGAGGAUCAAGAAACGAGUCCCGGCAGCCAAAAGGCUGUCCUGAAGCGUGAUGAGUCCAGCAUAAAUCCGACUCGAACCGGCCCUCGUCCAUUACUGCCACGACCAUUCCCUCGUGGACGGGCAACUGUUCGAAAAGGCCGAGUUAAAGCCUCCGACCAAACUCUCGUCCCCCGCGAUCAAGCAUCCAUCACUCAAAUCAUACUCCCUAGAGUUAAUAGUCCCAUUCAGUCUUACCCGGUACCUCUUGACGGUGACAAAUUUCGUGCAAUCGAGUAUUUCCCCCAAUUAUGGUCGCGAUGGGCGGCGGACGUGAUUCCGAAUACCCAGGACCGUCAAGUCGCCACAGACAAAGCAGUAGCAACCAUUGUACAACGCUGUCUGACAGAUGAGCUGCACAUGUCUGCAUUCAUAUCCUACGUAUUGCAACGCGCUCCAGCUGCCAAACCUUCCAAGGUCUUUCUCCUGCGUAUGGCUGGAAAGGCACUCUCAGAGCUGCGAUCACGCAUCGAGAGCGGGCAUGCCUCCUUGGAAGAAGUGGUCUGGCCCAUCAUCUUCUUGGCCCAUUACGAGCUAUUUGGCUCUGAAAGUGUAGUUGCAGGUCGGGCUCAUCUGAAGGCUGUGGUGGAUCUUGGUGGGAUGGAAUAUCUGGAUGAGGUUACUAAAGUCUACAUACGACGAAUGGAUCGAGGCUGGUGGUCAGACCAUCCUUCAAUAUUUCCUCCAUCACCUGCACCCAGGCCACAAUGGGACAAACUUGUGCCUGAAACCUCCCAGAACGACUCCAUCGGUGCUGGCUUCAAUAAUCAUGCCGAAGUACUCGGGCCAGAGCUGGUGGAAAUCCUGCCCUUUAUUGUCGACUGCGUUCGUGCGGGGGUCUUAUGUAAUGAACUAAUGCUCUUUGACUCAGAAGAUGAAAUACUGCAGAACAAGGUCAUUCGCAGGUGCCAAGGUCUUAUGGAUGCACUCCGGGAGCAGUUGCCCACAGGACCGGAGAAAAUGGCAUGCAUUUAUCCUGCAAUGAUAUGGUUACAAUACACGACCUGGGUGAUGAGAGAUCUGGCCACUAAAGCCACCUCCUCAGUGAAUGCAUAUCGCAAAAUAACCAACCAUGCACACCCGACUCUGUUGAGAUGUAUUGGGCAGGGCACGCAGGCACAGGAGAUGCUAUUGUGGGCCGCAGCUGUCGGCAUUGCAACUUCAUCAGAUGAGGCUGUCAGAAUUCAAUACGCAAGUCAUGCAUUGAGACUGGCGGCAAACCUGGAUCUUGUCGAACUCAUGAGCUCGUGGAGAAGCUAUAUAUGGUUCGAAGUGUGUGCUAUUGUUGAUUACGCAUUGAUCCUCGAUGCACUCGACAAAGCCAUGGAGCAGGAUUCCAGUCUAGAAUCACAAGACUGGGAAACCUCGAGGAGAUCAAUGAUGCAUCGAUUCGAUAUUGACAACUCGAACGAGGGGAAUCCUCUACCUUGA